GCUCUCCAGAACUGCAUGGGUGCCACAGGAGUACACGUCUCUUCUCUUGUCAACUUGUCAUCUCUUCAUCAUGAUAAACACCUUUCACAGUAGCUACAAUCCCCCACCGGUGCCUCCACGGACAGGAUACAGCAAACCCCAGCCAGUGGGCAACUCACCUUUAGUCAAGUUUCUGUCAGUGAUGCUACUGCUCUUAAUGAUACUGACCAUUGGAGGCUUCCUCUACCUGUUCCAGAAACUCAACAUGCAGCUCCAGGGCAGUUAUCACGAAGACAUGACAAGCCUACAGAGACUACAGGACUGUGCGGAUAGCAGUAUGGGAGAAGACUCAAUGACAGAAUGUGGCCAACUGAUGGAAAAAUAUAAAGCUGCCAUAGCAAAGGUAUUUAAGGUUUAUUUCAAACUGUCUAAGUUAACUGGAGGGCCACACGUCAUUGGACCAGCUGCACACAUGACUGCUCUGAGCGAACAUAAAGAUAAGAAUUCUGACUUCUUGAAGACAAACAGUCUUCUUUGGGAUGAAGAGCAAUCGCUGCUACAGGACGUACGGUUUAGCAACAAACGGGACAAGUUGACCAUUCAGUAUCCCGGAAUCUAUUUCAUCUACUCCCAAGUCACCUUCUCCAAACCUUCUACUUCUUUUGGAUUAAAGCAAUCCAUAAGGAGCAUAGACCCCAAGACACAGGAUGUCAAGGAGCUACUCAAGUCUUUUUGCAGUUUGGACCCAGAUGCAUCAUCAGAUUUGUGUACAGCCUCUCUAUCAGGGGUGUUUCGUUUAGAGAAAGACCAACAGCUCUAUGUUACAGUUGCAAACACAUCCUUGGUGAACCGGAACUCCUGCAGCUUUGGAUUAUUCAAAUUGCAGUGAAGAACACUCUGGAAUUGAAAUGUGGGAGAAGGGGGAGAUGGAUCAAACGAGACGGAUGGAUCAGGGCACUAUUAUUAAAUGGAGAAUCAUACAGCCAUGUGCACACCAUCUGAAAAAGACCAGCUCAAAGACCAAGUCAUUGCACCACCAGGAAGUUGUCAAGCUACUACACUCUCUCUAUGCUGUACAUUUACUCCAUUCAAAUGUAUAUUGUGUUCCUGUGGCUCAGUGUUAGAACAUUCCGUUAGCGGUGCAAAAGGUUGUGUGUUCGAUUCCCAGAGAACACGUUAGGUAAAAAAA